AAAACAGAGAAAAAAAAAUGUCUCCCAACGAAGAAGAACAGAAAAUCAGCGGUGGCGACGGCAGCGGCGGAGGCGGCGGAGAAGUGGAAGAAGAAGUUGAUGAUGAAGAGAGCGAAGAAGAUGGAGAUAUAGAUGAAGAAGAAGAAGAAGAUGAUGACUUGAUAAUAGCCCAGCCUCCCGAAGACGAUGAGGAGGAAGAAGACGAGGAGGAGGAUAUCAACUCCGUUUCUCCUUCAACGUCUUCCUCGUCCGAAGACAACCCUAACAAGGAUUCUUCUUCUAACGUUGUCCAACAAAACCCCACCAACUCUACCACCAUCACCACUGCCUUCGCCUCCUCCAUCCCUCCCCCCGCCACCGCCCUCAAUGGAUCCGCCGACGAAAAGGCAGCACCGGCCGCCGGCUCAUCGCCCGACCACAAGCGUCAGCGGACCUCCUCCGAUGUCACCGCUACCCCCUCUGCUGUUGCUUCCGAAGGGAAGAAACCCCCCGCCUUGGACGACUCUCGCCGUCUAUUCCAACGGCUGUGGACCGAUGGGGACGAGAUUGGACUUUUACAAGGCUUCCUCGACUACACGAUGCAGCGAGGAACCCACAAUUCUUCUCACCAUCAUGACACGGCCCCUUUCUACGACCAGAUCAAGACUCAAUUGCAUCUCGAUUUCAACAAGAACCAGCUCGUCGAGAAGCUCCGUAGGUUGAAAAAGAAGUACCGCAACGUCCUCAAUCGGAUCAGUUCCGGCAAAGAAUUCUCCUUUAAGAGUCCUCACGACCAAGCCACCUUCGAGAUCUCUCGCAAGAUUUGGAGCAGUACUGGCGGCACUGUUGGGGUAGGAGUCGAAGAGGUUGUAUUGGAAGACGAAGAAGGGAAUCCAAAUCCUACGAGCAACACCACCAACUGUAACGAGAAUUUCCACAAUAUCAACAACAAUUCCAACGUUGAUGCGAAUAAAUCUGAGAUUAAGAUGUCGAGGUCACAGAGACGGUCUCGAAAGAGAGCUGCGGAGGAUCACUUAUCAAAUUAUCAUAAUCAGACCACUUCAUCAAUUCCGAAUGUUAUCGAAGAUACGGUGAGGAGUUGCCUCUCGCCUCUGUUCAAGGAGUUGCUCUAUUGCGCCAUCAGUAGUGGUGGGCCUUGUAACGCUGGGGGAUAUGGUGGUGGUCUGGCUCUGAAUCCCCUUCCCCUGAACUUUGGAGGCAAUAAUUCCUUGAAUUUUUCCGGUGGGGAGGUCGUUGACGAGAAGUGGAGGAAGCAGCAGAUAUUGGAAUUGGAGGUGUACUCGAAACGGAUUGAACUAGUGCAAGAUCAGAUCAAGUCUGCGUUAGAGAAGCUGAAAUCGAUGGAUGGAUAAUGGGUAAUUGUUAAAUUAUUGGUUUAUUUUACUGU